AUGAUGUUCAGCAAGACAAUCUGUGCGCUGUGUGCGGCGGCUGUGGCGCUCUCGGCUAGUGCAGUGGACGCGUCUACCGAGGUGGCGCAGACGUACGGGCGUCUGCACCAGAACCACGACGGGUAUGGCAAGAACGCAGCUACGACAAGCGCGACGCAUACGGCAAUCGGAACGUCUACGCAGAAUGGCUAUCGCAACAACGACGACUAUGGCAGGCGUGACGGGUACGGCGGCGCGGCGGUGGGUAUCAACGCCGCCGCGGGGCUCCAAGCUGGCGCAGGUGUGGGUGCCAGAGGCUACGGCAGAGCUGGCGUCGGACUCAAUGCGGGUGCUGGCUUAAACGCUGGUGCUGGUCUCAACGCUGGAGCGGGACUGAAUGCCGGUGCCGGACUCAACGCCGGUGCCGGUCUCAAGGCUGUAGCGGGACUGAAUGCCGGUGCCGGACUCAACGCCGGCGCGGGACUCAGGGCUGGAGCGGGACUCAACGCAGGUGCAAGAGUCAAGACUGGUGCGGGAAUCAACGCCGGUGCCGGUCUCAACGCUAGAGCGGGACUGAAUGCCGGUGCCGGUCUCAACGCUGGAGCGGGAAUCAACGCAGGUGCAGGAGUCAAGGCUCUGCAACUCAGGGCGAGGGGUGCCGGUCUCAAGGCUGGAGCGGGCCUCAACGCUGGUGCAGGUCUUAGCGCUGGUGCGGGACUGAGCGCAGGUGUGGGUGGAAACUCUGCCGGCAAGGCUUACGGAGGAUACUCCAAGCCUGGCGCCUACCGCCACUUGCGCGCGUAA